AGUUCUGUGUGUUUUCAGCAUCAUUUUUCAGUUCCUGGAUGUUAUGAUAUGUUUUGUCAUCCAAAUUUUGUCUCCUUUACUAAUGAUUUCCAUGAGCCAUUUUUUCCCAGAGUAUGUCUUUUGAUAGCAGCUUCCCAGCAGCUUUUUCUUCUUCUCAGUAUCCCAUGGUGGGGGCCUGGCUUUUCAUUCCCCCCCUGGAUGACCUCUGCGAGGUCAGCAUGGGGCCCAGGAGCAGGGCCUGCCUCUGCCAGUGCCUCCGCUGGUUCACUGGCUGCUGUGGUGGAAUGUUACAGUAUACAUUGUCCACGUGUUUUUCCAAAACUGCAUUCACAUCAAUCCAAUUGUUUUCUCAGAGACUGAGUCCUUAACCAGCUUGUGCCAGUUCCACAGUGAAGGGCAUCAGUGCAAGAGCAGAGCUCCAGGCUUCUGCAGGGAGGGACUGGGAGCCUAAAUAGCCCCCAUAAUCUGAUUUCUGCAGCAACUCCACAUUGUGUUGGGUUGGUGUUGAAGACUCAAGAUCCACUGGCUUGAGCUAUGCUCCUCCUGGACCCUGCAAGCUCCGGGGCAGUGGCUGCCAAAUAGGCAAGGGACCCCAAAUUGCUUUUUAUUUUAUUUUAUUUUAUUUUAUUUUAUUUUAUUUCAUUUAUUUUAUUUUUUCCAAAUUGCUUUUUAAAGUGGGGGAAGUGGCAAUAUACCCAGUCACCAGUGAUGCAUGAAUAAUGUUUUGUCAUAUGCAUCCGGGCCCUAGCAAGUUCCCAGCAGGCCAAGAACAUCCUACCUUUUGUCCAGUACUGCCCAACCUGUUCCUUCAACAGCUGGAGGGUUGCAUCAUUUGCCAAUCAGACACUGUUUACAAAAUGCCUCUUGAUCUCGGGGUCAUGAGUUUGAGCCCCACACUGGGUGUAGAGAUUACUAAAAAAUAAAAUAAACUUAAAAAAAACAAACAAACAGGGGCACCUGGGUGGCUCAGUUGGUUGAGUGUCCAACUUUGGCUCAGGUCAUCAUCUUGUGGUUCAUGAGUUGGAGCCCCACAUCGGGCUCGCUGCUGUCAGCCUGUCAGCUUGUCAGCACAGAGCCCGCUUCAGAUCCUCUGUCUUCCUCUCUCUGUCCUUCCCCUACUCACACUCUCUCUCCCUCAAAAAAUGAAUAAAACAUUUUAAAAAAGCUUUAUAAAAAAAUAAAUAAUAAUAGUAUUUACUGAGCACGUAUGAAGGCACUGUGCUAAGAGCUUUAUGCAUAUCAUCUCAUUUAAUCCUCACAAAAAUUCUAAUGAGGCAGGAAUGAAUAUUAACCCAGUUUUAGAGAUUAAGAAACUGAUGUUCAGUGAGGUUAAGGAAACUGCCCCAAGUAACCUAACCAUGAGUAUUGGAACUACUUAAGUAAGUGCUAGAAUGGGGACGGAAAUGUAGGCCUGUGUAUUCAAUGCCUCUGUCUAGCUCCCUAGGCAUGAGUGUGCAUCUAACAGUCAUGCUGUACAGUAUGCUGCAAAUGGAAAAGUCUUUCCUAUAAUCACUCCAGUGGCACUAGCGUAUUACAGCAAUUGAGACUUCACAAUAUAAUUGCAUAGCAUGGCCUGAAGGACUCUUUGUGAUCUAGCUCUUGCUGAUAUCUGCACCCUUCAACCCUCACCUUUGAGUUUGUACCUAGUAGAACCACAUUGCUUCUAAUGUCCCAAGAACCUCAUGCUGUCCAUGGUUUCCUGCCUUGAGACAUAUCAUUCUCUUUGCCUCAGUGCCCUAUCACCUCUAUCACCUGGAAUAUUCCUUAGCUGGAAAUCCAAUUAAUACAUCACCUCUUCCAAUAAAUCUUUCAUAAUUUUCCCCUGAAAAUGUUAACCAUUCUGUCCUCUGUACCAACCUCUGUCCUUUAUUUAAAAAUAUAUUGUUCAUUUAUUCAUUUAACAUUAAAUACUAUUCUUUCCAGGCGCUAGGCUAAGUUCUGGUAGACAGAGAGUCAAAUAACACUUUUGGAGAGGGAGGGCUUCAUGCUAAAGCAUGGACAUAAACAAGCUAACUGCCAGUUGUUCCCACCAGCUAACAAAGUAUAGGUUUCAACAGGCUUGGGCGGGCGAGGAGAGGGUAUGCUGGGAGAAACGGGUGAUAGGGCAUUCUAAUUCAGCCCAAAUUUAGGAAUCGGAGUUUAUCUGUUCAUGGAAAACAAGAGCUGGCAAUACAGCUGGUCAUUUAUUUGAAUAAAUGUCCAUGAUGUGGAACAGGGUGGUGUCUGUUCAGCAUCUUGGACUGCUUUUGAGCCCUUGUGGGGAGAGGAGUUAGGAGCAACACUGAGAGAAUUAUUUGAAAAGAAGACUUUGAGCUACUCUGGGCACAAGCUGUGCUGGCUGUGGAAACAGGGAAAGGCCAUUCUCGCUUUCACAUAGAACCCAACACUGCUGCACUAUUGAGAAUGGUAGCUUUCAGCACGCAGGCUGGUAGCCCCCUGCGCUGGGGAUGCUGGCAUUUUCACAGUGGGCCCUGUCAGCACUGGCAGUGGCAGGACCGUAGCACCCUUGAAUGGCUUCAUGAGAAAGCAUUGAAGAGAAGGUACUCGAGCAAGAAAGGAAGAAAAGGUGGGAGGGGGGGGAUGGGGAGGGGAAUACUGCAUGAUGAUCUAUGGCUGACAGACUGUUUCGUGAGCCUAUUGAGACACACCCAGGGCCUUCCACUUAGUGUUGGGGCAAGACCAUGAAUGCCAGGCUACUCGUAAUCUUGAAUUCUAACCACAAGCUAUGGAGUCCCGAAGACACCUGAGUUAACUUUUUUAUUGGCUAUUAGGGAACUGUGUCUUAUUCAUCUUUAUAUCCCAGGACCUAAGACAAGGCCUGACACACAGCAACUGCUGACAAAAUAUUUGUGGCUUUAUUUAAUGAAGGAGUUGAAAGGGUCAGAGAAGGGAGAGGUGGGAGCAUCACAUAUGUAUGCACUUGAUUAAAAUGUGAUGAUUUGUUCCUGAUCUGAUUAGACCCAGAAUAUCAAAUGGACAUGGAAUCUUUGCCAUGGGUUCUGGCCUGUUUUGAUGCUGCCAGCACAUGUGGGAGGUGCUGAGACAAAUUCCGUGGCAGUUACAAAGCGAACUGGCUGCCAAGAUGGAGAGCAGGGAACAAAUGGCCUUGACCUUCUAUAAUCCUAAGGUUCCCAAAAUUAAGGGGAACCGGCACUACCAAAGGCCUACCCUCCCCGUCAACAAAUAUCCGAAUGCCUCAAUGUCACCCCAGAGGCGGCAGCAGCAUGUGAAUCAGACACACAUCUACAUCCGAACGUUCUGUGGCAGCCUGUGGUUUGGUUUCUUAAUGGUGAUCUGCAUGUCCCCACUGAACUGGGUGAGGUUUCUGGUGACCAAGAAUGGCUUUGAGCUCUACGCAGGACUCUGGAUCACAUGCAACUAUGAGCUGUGCUGGAGCCACACACCCAAACCACCCUAUUACCUUCAAUAUUCCAGGACUUUCUUCCUCAUCUCUAUCUUCUCCAUACUCGUUGCCCUUGGCUGGCUCAUCAGCUCUUGCCUGCCUGGAAGAGGAAGUACGACCACCAACUUCGAUCUGAAGGUAUCCAUACUGAGCUUCAUCUCAGCCAUCUCCUUGCUCCUCUGCCUUAUCCUGUUUCUGGCACAGGUUUACAGGCAUACUAAGGAUGCCUUGGAGCCAGAUCUCCUAUGGGCCUAUCAUAUUAAUUGGUGGAGUGACUUCUUAUUCACGUUUUCUGGGAUCAUGUCCUUCCUCAACUACAUAACUUUCAGAUUUCCUCCCCUUGAUCAAAAUGUCACCGCGAGUCCCACGGAGAAGUCAAGGCUGGGGGUUGGUCCAGUGACCAAAGAAUUACCUGCUGAAGAUGAAGGGUUAAGGUCUGAUAUGGAAGCUCCAACUGAGGAAGAGAAGACAGCCCCCGAAGCAGAACCGUGAUGGUGAUAGGAAAACCCAACUACUGCUUGUUUUAAAAACAGAAGAGAGGCUGAGUUGGAAAUGAUUUUGUAGAUUCUAGGAAAAUCUCCUAAUGUUAUGUCCAUGCUAUUGAAGGAGAUAGCAGUAAAGCUAUCUUUUGUGUGCACUGGAUCCAAAAUAUGUAUUAUAGAAAUGUAAAGAAAAUAAUAAAAAUCCACUUAAGAAAAAAAAUUUUUAAGUUUAUUUAUUUUUGAGAGAGAGAGAAUCAGAGGGGCAGAGAGAGAAUCCCAAGCAGGCUCCGCACCAUCAGCAUGGAGCCUGAUGCAGGGCUCGCACUCACUAACUGUGAGAUCAUGACCUGAGCCAAAGUCGGGCACUUAGCCAACUGAGCCAUCCAGGCUCCCCAAGAAAAAAUUUCUAAGAUAAAACAUCUGUGGUUAGAAUCACGAGUGAAAGAAACUAGCAGUAGGUGCAGUGUGUGGAUUAGAGAUGUCUUUGGGCAUCAGGGAUCUUACAGAGCAGAAUGACCCAUAGAGAAAAAUGUCAUCUAGAGGAAGAUGUCAUCUAAUUCUGCUUGAAAAUUUCUUUUCUUUAUUAUAUGUGGCCUAUACUGUUGAAUCUGAAUUGCGGAUCCUUGCCAGCAAUGGAAUAAACAUCAGUAGAAAUGAUACUUAUCAUCCAUAGGUACUGAAAGGUGCUGGGGUGGGAGGUGGGUUCUGGGGAAUCCAUGAGGUCCAAUUUCCUAUGAGGACUGGUCAUUUGAAACCUUUACAGUCUAUUAUGUGAACCCAGUGCUUCUCCCUAGGCUGAGAGAUAUCUUAACCAGGCCUCCACAAACUUCUGAAAUUGUGCACAAAAUUUGUGGAUGCCCUUUUCUGUGAAGAGAGCCACAGACUCCAUCAGAUUUUUGAUAGGCCUGUGACUCUUUUGAUUCCUGUUACUCAGUUUUGUUUUAAUGAGCCAAAUGAGGCUAAAGGGCUUUCUUCAGCCUAAGUAUAUAUGUGGACCAAGUUAAAAGGUUUUACCCUAUAAAACUAAGUAAGGCAAUCACAUAGGUCUUUCAAUGGCUAAAGAUCCCUUUCAAACCCAGACCUCAUUCCAUGCAGAAAGUCCUUGACAUUCAUUUUGUUCUUUAUUCCUUUAGUAGCUGUCACUACUACUCUACUGGUUGAGGUGCAUACUUCUCCCCCAACCUGGCAGUGGAAUGGACUAUAGUGCCCAGCUUGAACCCCUUUCUGCUCUUAAAGAUAAGCUUUUGGGUCCUUUUGGUUUAAUUUAAAGAUUUACUGGUAACUUCUGUAGAAAACAAACAUAACAGCAUGGAGCAAUUAUGUAGGGUUUUUUUUUUUUUUGCCUUUUUAAGAUAAUUUUAUUUGGGUGGUUCUUACAAUUCAUGUAGUGUUUUUUUUUUAAUGUUUUUAUUUACUUAUUUAUGAGAGAGACAGAGACAGAAUGAAAGUGGGUUAGGGGCAGAGAGAGAGGGAGACACAGAAUCCAAAGCAGGCUCCAGGCUCUGAGCUGUCAGCACAUAGCCCAACGCAGGGCUCGAACUCACGAGCUGUGUGAUCAUGACCUGAGCCAAAGUCGGCCACUCAACCGACUGAGCCACCCAGGUGCCCCAUAAUUUAUGUAGUUUUUCUAAUCCUUGUCCCUGAUUAGAAAUGCCCUAACAUUCCCAGAUAGUAACUGAAAGCCCAUUAGGUUAAUACCUUAGCUUUUAUUCCUAAGGAUAGGAGUUUAGCAGCACGUGCUUAUGUGCACCCAUCCAUACAGACACCCAUACACACACACAGACACACACACACAGACACAGACAUAUAUAUACACACACUUCAUUUUGACCCUACCUUAGAAAACUCUCCAUGUUGGCUCCUCUUCCUAAUAGGUGGCCUUAGUUAUGGCAAAAUGACUGGUGCCUCCUUACCACAGGGGGCCUCAUUUCAGAGGCUCCUCAGGCUAUUCCUGAGACUUUGUCUGGUUGUAAGAACACACGUGUAUUGAAGUCCAGCUCCUCAUCUUCCCACGCCCCUCACACACUAAGCAUACCCCACACAUUGAUGAAUGAAGGAUUCAUUGAAUUGAUAAGCUUUAUUUAUAAUUCAGUUUUACUACUUUAAUUGUAAGACUAAACUGACAGUGAGCUAAGUACUGAUGACUCUUCAGGAAACGGAAGUUUUAAGUGGGGUAAGAAGAAGGAAGUAGGUCUGAGUGAGAGUGGAAGAUGCUAGAUCAUAAGAAAGUAACCAUAAAGGGGCACCUGGUUGGCUCAGUUGGUUAAGCAUCUGACUUUGGCUCAGGUCAUGAUCUCACGGUUCGUGGGUUUGAGCCCUGCAUGGGGCUCUGUGCAGACAGCUCAGAGCCUGGAGCCUGCUUCAGAUUUUGUGUCUCCCUCUCUCUCUGCCCCUUCCCCACUCACACUCUGUCUCUCUCUCUCUCAAAAUUAAAUAAACAUUAAAAAAUUAAAAAAGAAAACAAAAGAAAGUAACUGUAAAAGCCCUGACUAUUAGGAGAUAAUGGAUAGUCAUUAUAACUAAGUUUUCUACUUUGCUAGCAGAGAAUACUUUUAUAAGAAACAGGCAACCUGCAGCGCCUGGGUGGCUCAGUCAAUUAAGCACCUGACUCUUGAUUUUGGCUCAGGUUAUGAUCUCAUGGUUUGUGAGUUCCAGCCCUGCAUCAGGCUCUGCGUGAUGGUGCAGAGCCUGCUUUGGGAUUCUCUCUCCCUCUCUCCCUUCCCCUACCCCACUUACUCUCUCUGUCUCAAAAUAAAUAAAUAAACUUAAAAAAAUAGAGACAACCUUUCCUUGCUCCUUUAGAAGCUGAAUGCUCUAUUUUCUUCUUUCUCUGUCUUUGCUUGUAGAAAAUUCUUUAAAAAGCUUAAGUGGAUUUCCAAUAAGAUAGCUCAGUAAAUCACCCUUCCAUACCUUCCCUCUGCUCCAAAUACAUUGCCUGAUAGAUGAAGCGGAGGGAGAAGGAGAGGGAGAGUGAGGGAGAAGGUGGGACAGGGAGGGAGGGAGAAAGAUAGAUUGAGAAGUAUAGCCAGGUCAAAACAAGACAAGCAUUUUCACAGAGCAGAAAAAUGACCAAAACACAAGGCCGUAAUUUGAGGUAAGCCAUAGAUUUAAUGAGCUCUAAGUCCAAAAGUAAUAUGGAAGUAAACAGUAAGACAACUCCUGUAGGGUGAAAAGAGUUAAAGUGCUUCUCAAGACAUGGACUAGAGGUAGGUUCAUGACUCUAGCUCAAACUAGGGACUUAUGGAAAGCUGCCAAGGACUGACUGGGGCUACAGCUUACUUGGAACCAUACACUCGAAGAGGUAAAAGGACACAAACACACCCUUGCUCAAUUGAGCAGCCCAUUCGUUCAUUAACUGGCUCUGUAACAUUCCCUGACAACAUAGCAGAACAAGAAAUCUGAAAUAUCAUAUUUAUGAGACCUGAGUCUGGACUGGGGAACUUGGCUAAAGAAAGGAAACCCAAACCCAUUGGGUGGUAUGAGCAUAAAGGGAGAGAAAGAAACAAGAGACAACAAAAAAAAAUUUUGUGCCUGCAAAGAGGAAUGCCAAACAUGUAAAGAAAUGCUCAGAAAAAAUUCAAAGUCCACAAUCAGAAUAUGGAUUCAUUUCAGAUUAAUUUGGGGCAUAGUAUGAUAGAGACUUUAAACAUUCUUAGGCUACAUGAAGAGAUAUAUGACAGAAUCAUAGAUUAUAAAAAAUGACCCCAAACUAUGAAACAAAAAUAGAUGGAAAUCAUAGAAAUGAAAAAUAUAAUAGUCAUUAAAGUAAAAAAUAUAAUAGUCAUUAUAUAAAAAAAUAUAAUAGUCAUUAAAAUAAAAAGCUCAAUAAAUUUUAAAAAAUCUAAAUAGUACACUCAAUAAAAAGAGAAAAUAUUUUAUUUUGGGGUAUAUCUAGAAUAUUUGCAAAAAUUGACCAAGUUAUAUGUCUGAAAGAAAGUUUCAACAAAUUUAAAAGGCUAUAAAUCAGUCUGUGUUUCUUGAACACAAUGACAUCAAAUUAGAAUUCAAUAAAAAUAAUAAUUUUUUAAAAACUCUAUAUGCUUUUGAGAACUAAAAAAUGCUCCCUAAAAAAUUCAUGAGUAAAAAGACAAUCACAGUGGAAAUGACAAAAUAUCUAGAACUAAACAACAAUAAAAGAAUGGCUACCAUAAAACCCCACAGGUGCAUUUAUGUAAAAUAAAAAAUGAAAAAUAGUUUAAAAUAAAUAACUAUGCAGUCAACUCAUGAACCUGAAAAAGAAUAACUAAAUAAACCGAAAGGAGAAGAAAGAAAA